GGGCUGGCAGCACUGGCCCGGCGAUUCUCUGAUUUAUUUUAUUUUCGUUUUUAUAACUAACUUACAGUACAGAUUUGUUUAAAGAAAUUGCGUGUUAACAGUUUAUGUCAAUGUCCUACCAGAGCUGUAUUUACAAGGAGAAAUGUACUAGUGUCCCCACCGCAGCGAUUCAGACAUAGCGGUUGAGAAGAGGUCUGGUUGCUUUGCUGCACCUACAACCUUGAGUGUUUGCCACAGGCCAUAAUACUCAGCAGAGCAGGGACCAGUGCAGUGCACUGUCAGGGUUAGACUCAUCUCCAGCAUUGACUUCAUCUUCAAAGAUGAAGUUGAAGGAGGAUAUGAACCCCCUGCUGCUGCAGGUGUUCCGCUCUGUGGUCUGGGUCUACUCUGUCAUCACCUUCUUACCCUGGUACUUCUUCUCCGGAGCUGGGACUAAUUUGGAACGAGCCCGUCGGAUCAAGGCACGUUCAGUCAGCGGACGCCCAGCAGGACCUUACAGAGCCAUCAGUAGCCAAGAGAAGCUGGUAGCAUGGCUGCAUCCUGGAGUAGACACCCUGGACAAAAUGUUUGAACAUGCUGCAAGGAAGUUUCCAAAGAGAGAUUGCCUGGGUACCAGAGAGGUGCUCAGUGAGGAGGAUGAACUUCAGCCCAAUGGGAAAGUGUUCAAAAAGGUAAUUCUGGGAAACUAUAACUGGCUCUCGUAUGAGGAGACCUACCAUGCAGCGAAGUGCUUUGGCAGUGGUCUGGCAGCUCUUAAUCAGAGGCCUCAUUGUAACAUCGCCAUCAUCUGUGAGACCAGAGCGGAAUGGAUUGUGACAGCACAAGCCUGCUUCAUGUACAAUUUUCCACUUGUAACCCUGUACGCAACUCUUGGACCUGUGGCAAUUGCUCACGGUCUCAACGAGACGAACGUCACACACAUCAUCACCAGCAAAGAACUGCUUCAGAGCCGUCUCAAGGCAAUUCUGUGUGAUGUGCCAAAGCUGCGGUACAUCAUUGUAGUGGACAGUAAACCCACCAGCUGGCCAGACAUCCCCAGGGGCAUCAUGGUAUAUAACAUGGACACUGUAAAGGAACUGGGAUCCAAACCUGAUAAUAUUGCAAUAAAUCGCAGACAGCCGAAGCCCUCAGACAUCGCUGUCAUCAUGUACACCAGCGGCUCCACAGGCAUCCCCAAGGGUGUCAUGAUCUCCCAUGGCAACGUCAUUGCUGGCAUCACAGGCAUGGCUGAGCGGAUCCCUAACCUCAAUGAGACAGACACCUACAUUGGUUACCUACCACUGGCCCAUGUUUUAGAGCUCAGCGCAGAAAUGGUGUGCAUCUCACAUGGCUGUCGCAUUGGCUACUCCUCUCCUCAAACUCUAGCUGAUCAGUCCACCAAAAUCAAGAAGGGCAGUAAAGGAGAUACCACUGUGCUGAAACCUACUCUUAUGGCUGCUGUACCCGAAAUCAUGGAUAGAAUCUACAAGAAUGUCAUGACCAAAGUGGAGGAAAUGAGCAAAUUCCAGAAGACACUUUUUGUGCUGGCUUACAACUACAAGAUGGAACAGAUCUCGAAGGGUUACAGUACACCUAUCUGUGACAGUCUGGUGUUCAAGCGAGUGCGGGGGCUCUUGGGAGGGAACACACGGGUGUUGCUUUCUGGAGGAGCUCCGCUAUCAGCUGCCACACAACGCUUCAUGAACAUCUGUAUGUGCUGUCCUGUGGGGCAGGGCUACGGCCUGACGGAGACCUGUGGAGCUGGCACCAUCAGUGAGAUGUGGGACUACAGCACGGGACGGGUUGGUGCUCCAUUGGUUUGUUCAGAGAUCACACUGAAGGACUGGGAAGAAGGUGGUUACUACAGCACAGACAAACCCAACCCACGGGGAGAAAUUUUGAUUGGCGGACCUAAUGUAACCAUGGGUUACUACAAAAAUGAAGGCAGGAACUGUGAGGACUUUUUUGUGGAUGCGAAUGGCCAGAGAUGGUUCUGCACAGGAGACAUUGGAGAAUUCCACCCUGAUGGAUGCCUUAAGAUUAUUGAUCGUAAGAAAGACCUGGUGAAACUGCAGGCAGGCGAAUAUGUUUCUCUUGGAAAAGUGGAAGCUGUUCUAAAGAACUGCCCACUCAUAGACAAUAUCUGUGCCUAUGCCAACAGUGACCAGUCAUAUGUGAUCAGCUUUGUGGUGCCUAACCACAAGCAGCUAAUGGCACUUGCAGAGGAAAUGAAAGUCAAGGGCACGUUGGAAGAGAUCUGCAACAGCCCCCAGAUGGAGAAAGAGGUCCUUCGCGUCAUUACUGAGGCUGCAAUCUCAGCAAAACUGGAGCGAUUUGAGAUUCCCAAGAAGAUCCGGCUGAGCGCUGAACCCUGGACACCAGAGACUGGUUUGGUCACUGAUGCAUUCAAACUGAAACGCAAAGAGCUGAAAACGCACUACCAAGAGGACAUUGAGAGGAUGUAUGGUGGAAAAUAACGCAAAGAUACACUCCAAACAACACAUGCAACUUGAACAUACACAGUGAGCUCAAAGACCACUACCAAGACUACUUCGAAAGGACUUAUAAUUCAGAUACAGAAAACAAACAUAUAUAAAUAUAUAUUUCAGACAUACAACGAAACAUUUACCACCUCCUCAGCUUCUCUGCAACCAGUAUUGAUCAAAGCAGGAGGGGGGGGACAAAAAUCUUGAAUCAAGCUUUAUGCUUUCAGUCAAGACCAAGAGACAGAAAGGACCCUCGCAGACAACUGAGCCAGCCAGGCACGUACGCUUCAGUUCAAUAACAACUCCACUUUGAUGGAUUUAGCCCUUUGAGUUGCUAUGACUACCAAAGUGGCAGACGAAAUCAGACUUCUGCAUGACUCAAAAUACAGUGAAUGUCAGGCUAGAUGUAUAUGAAUCUGUCGACGCAUCCUCUAUGUUGCUUUUUUUCCCCCUUGCACCUGUUCUUUGGAGCAUCACACCAAUACAGCUCAGUUGUAAAUGUGCAGAUACCUGGCAGAAACACAGGGUGGCAUGAGUCUGGAAGAGGGAUCUCUCCUAGGCUCCACGUAAUUUUCAGGUUUGAAUCUUUGCAGGGAUAUCUUUUCUCUUAAAUAAUGUUUGUUCUUUUAUUAUAAUAUUUUUUUAUUUUAUUUGUGUUGCAAUGUUUAUGUUUGGAUUGUCAGCUUUGGAACCCACAUGUAAUUUUUCUAUGAUGAAUUGGUGUUGCAAAGCCAUGAGAGAUUGAGCAUUAGGAUGUGUUAAUAUGCUUUUUGUUUUUGUAUACUGUUACUUAAAGGGUGCAUUUUGGGGGAUGGGAUUCCUUUUUUUGUAUGCUCAUUUUGUAUUUCCUUUUUGUUAAUGCUAACUGUACUUUAAUGAGCUUUGUUUACAAGCUUUUUUUUAGGUAAUUUUUUCCUUUAACUUUCUGCUGUCCCACAUUUAGUGGGUUUUUUUUGCAUGCAUGUUUACUGACUUGAGUCAAACCCUGCUCCCAGAUAUAAUAGCAGGGUCAAACAUCAGUGGCAGACGGAAUCCAUUGAGCUUUUACAUCGGUUAGGACUUCUUGUUUCAUUGUCAUACACUAACCCUGCCACGUCAGCCCUGUAUUCCUCCAGCUGUGACCAAUGCUCCGUAUGGAUGUUUCCAAGGGAACUUAGCUUACAAUAGAAAAAAUAGUUAAAUUAGUCAACAUUUCUUUUAUUAAUUGCUGUUCCAGUUAGUUUUUGGUGCAGCUGUACAUGUUGUUCUAUUUACCAUAGGAUAGUCACUUUUAACCUUAUUUUUUACAUACAAAUAUGAAAUACAAGAUGAAUGUGCAAUAUUUAUACUCAAAUUUUAACUUUGUAAGAAGGAAACUAUGGCAUAGACAGCAGUCCCUCUGUAGUGUAUUAAUGUUUAAGCCUCCACUUGAAUGCAUAAUUAAAGGCUUACAGGAAAGGAACAUUACAGAAAUGAGGAUGGUAGAGACACUGAUAAGGGCGUUUAGAUGUAGCCUGUUGUAAACGUACUGUGCUGAAAAUGUAAAGUGAAAAUGAAAUAUUUGGCAUUGUAGAAACUGCAUGAUGAAAAGUGUGCAACUGUACCAAAGCACCUGAAUAGAAGACAAAAACGCACUCCAUUCAAGCAGCUGAAAAAAUAGGAUGCACUCCAUUUUAAGUGAGUAUAUAGGAUAAACUCGGAUCACUUCAGAGUUCUGGUAACCAUUCCAUAUAUUUAGACUGGUUGAUGUGUAUGAUACUGUAUAUGCAGUGUAUAUAGAAGACUGCAGUAGUACAGGAUUCUGUCACCUGCCAUCAAGUUUAAUUCAUAGAAAUCAUAUAUUGAUUACAGUAGUUUUCAGAUUGGUGAUAUUUAAUGAAUGAAUUGCAGUGUUGCAAGUGAAUUUUUUCUUCAGUAUUUCGUUUUAGACUGAAGAUGAAGCGAUGUUUGGUCAGUGGCCCUUUGUAAGGUGAACAUCUUUUUGCCGCCUUCUUUUCUGCUUUGCUUGUACUAAAGACAAAUGGCUUUGACAAAGGUGAAGUCAGGUACUCUUAUACAAUCUCUUAUCAGAUGUCCACUAGCUUUAGUUUGUAAAAGUUUGACCAUACUAUAAACACAGAGCUGAAAUCUGUUACGUUUUUCCCGUUUUUAUUGGGGGGGAGAAAAAAAAUCUCCUUUCUGACAUUCCAGUGAAACGUCAGUAGCUUACUGUGCUGUUUGCUGCUGUUUUUCUGCCUGUCUAGAGGCGGCUAGUUGCCUUCUGACACACAUGAGCUGUCUUUAGGGGUCUUAAGAAUGUGAAGCACUCCCUGCAUUUUUAUUAAUAUCACACAUUUUACUUGCCACUGCAUCUGAACUUGCAGCAAGGCGUAGGUAGCAAGUUGUUCAAAGAUGAAUUCCACCAUUCCUGUUAAUUUCACCUGCUUUGUAAAUAGAUAAAAGGGGAGGGGCUCAAGGAUCAAACCUGAUUAAAACUACCAGUAACUGUACACGUGUAAAGCCUCUUGUUAAUAUAUAUUUAAUAAUCUUUGUUAUCAAGUUUUGGGGCUCUCUUUCUUGUUUUGUGUGGUUAAGUAGCCCUACAAGCUGAGCUACUGCAAGUGUCUCCUUCCUUAUUUAUUUGUGAUUUGGCCUUGAAAAUUAUGUAAUGAAAUAAACAAGUUUGUGUUGUUAA